CCCGCCCUCAGUGCGACCGUUGUGUGCGGUGGGCAAUUAUGGAGGUCACGAAGGCAAUUUGCUUGAUGAAGGGUCCCGGCGGCGUCAGUGGAACAAUCAAUCUGACAGCAGGGGAAGGUGGCCAUACAACCACUGUGAAGGGGGAAAUUUCAGGAUUGCCUGCAGGAAAACAUGGACUUCAUGUGCACACUUUUGGAGAUAUUUCCAAAGGAUAUAGCUGUGCAGGACCUCAUUUCAACCCCUGUAAUGAAAAACAUGGCGCACCACAAGAUAAAAGGAGACAUGUAGGUGACCUAGGCAACAUUGAAGCUGACGAAAAUGGGACAGCCCGCUUUGAUAUGGAAGACCGGCUGCUGCGCCUGGCAGGAAAACAUUCAAUUAUUGGACGUAGUAUAGUGGUUCACGAGAACGAAGAUGAUUUGGGCAAGGGUGGUAAUGCAGAGAGUCUUGAAUCAGGAAACGAUGGAACAGGUUUAGCUUGGGGUAUAAUCGGAAUAGAUGAAGACCCCAAAUAAAUAUGUGGUAGAAAUCCUACCUAGAGACACUAUGACUGAUUAUUUUCUUAAAUCAGCACCUAUUAUUGAACAGCAAUUGAUUCAAAAUUACAUGCAGAGAAAUAUGUAUUGUUUAUAGCAACAUGCAUGUAAUUGUGAACCAUGUCAGUAAUUUCAUAGCCUAUUUAAAGGGCAGCAUAUUUCAAAGAAAAAUUGGAAUCAACUUUUUUCUUUAAGUAUGAAUAUUGAUAUCAAAUAACUUGGAUAUGUUACUAGGUCUACAAUGCAAGAACUGAACUGACAUGACUGAAAUAACCUAGUUUAAUACCAGUACCAUUAGUAAUUUAAUUUAUUUUUUACGUCAGACGAAAUUACCUUCAAGCCAGUGUGACUCUUAGAAUUCAUUGCUUGAACAAUGAGAGGAAAAGUAAAUGCUGUUCAAAUUUAUCAAUUGUUUUAAAUUAUAUUUUAAAGAAAGGGCAAUGUAAUGAUAUCCCAUAUUCUAUUGGGUAAAAUCUAGUACAGUUUAUUUUAAUUUCUUAAACUGAAAUAUUUACUUAGCAUUUAGCCAUAAAGUACUUGAAAAUAUCAAGCUCUUUUCAUGCAUGUGAUUUAACACCAACAGUCUGUCAUUUCCCCAAACUGGUAAAAAUAAAAAUUAUCAUCAGUC